UUGGGGUUCUUGGGCCAAGCUGUCCUGACACGUUGCAGCAGCACCAACAGACUGCUGACUGGAGCUGGACCAGGAGGAGUCCUCUGGAUCCUUAUUUGUCCUGCUUCACCUGUAUGACUUGAUUAAACAGCUGCAAUGAAUCAGAGCAAAGAGGGAGUUGAGCCUUUUCAAUAUUCCUAUUAUGACUAUUCAGACUGGUACUCAAACAACGCAGAGCCUACAAAACCACCCAAAGAAGUUAUUUUACCAUGUGACCCGACAGCAGAUGACAAGCUCUUCCAUAUAUGCAUAUUAUCGAUAUCACUGGUGAUCAUGUUAAUCCUGGCAGGUCUCACCAGGAAAAAUAAAUUCUGCCAGGGUUUCGCAAGAGGAUCCUCAAGCAUCUUCAGUCCAGCCAACUUCCUGGAUCAGACUCAGAAAAAAGGAGUGGUUAUGGCUGUUUUUGGACUGGUGUUCAGCAAGCUGGCAAUGCUGGUGAUCACCCCAGACCCUCUGCCUUUCUCCAAAGAUACUCCAGCAGAUAAUAAAGAGUACAUGAAGAUAAUCGCCAUAUUUUAUUACCCAAUCCUGUAUUAUCCUCUGUUGAUAUGUGGAACUCUGCAGCGCAAAGCAGGUUAUGUGUUUGGGACACUGCUCUCCUUCACUCACUUUGGAGUCCUGGUGUGGCAGAAAUUUGACUGUCCAAAGACUCCAGAGAUCUAUAAAUACUAUGCUCUACUCGCAAGUCUGCCUCAGCUGGCCUGCCUUGCAUAUCUCUGCAUUCAGUUCCCUUUGCUGUUUGUGAAAGGACCAAAGACGGACGAGGACCUUGACAGUAGCUACUACACCAACUAUGUGAAGUUACUUCUCAAGAAAAAGUCCUCAACUGCCAGUUUGUCAGCAUCUGACAAACCAGCGCUUGCAGAGAGAAUUCUGGAGGUGAUUAAGGGUUACAUUUAUAUUCCUGAAAAAGUGUUUCGUUUUCCACUGAAGCUGGCGGUAUCAUCUUUUGUUACCUGUGUGGCUAUACACCAUACCGCACUCUUGAUAGUUGUCCUGGUGGUGCCCACUCUCCACAUUGUUCGUGCUGGUAUUGAUGAAAAUAUCGCCUUCUUGUUACUGGGUUUUGGGAUUGUGUUAUCAGAUGACAGGAUGGAGGUUGUUAGAAUUGUAACUUUUUACACAUGGCUGCUGGAAGUAUGCUACCUCUGUGCGAUGACCCUGUCUUGCUUGGUCAGCCUUAUUAUGCUCAUGAGGUCCAUGGUUCUCCACAGAUCAAACCUAAGAGGACUGUAUAAGGGAGACAUUUACAAGCUUUGCAACAACCAGAAAACCAUGCAUCCGUCUAGAACAGGUGUUGUCUGUUGGAUGGGCUUGACGGGAUACCAGGCUGCAAUCGUCAGCCUUGGAAUGGCUAUCCAGACCAUUGUGUUUUUCAUCUGCUUCUUGUUCCUGGUGUUUUUGAUCAUUAUCCCAGUGUUUUACGGCCGUAACAUCAUUGUCUUUGAAAUUGCAGGAAAGGCAUGGCCGGCCUGGGUCACACUGAUACUGGUGACAGGGCUUCAGCAUGUGACUGCUAAGUUUGCUUUCAUCAAACAAAAAGCCGGCACAAGAGACCUGAACAACAGAGAGAGUCUGUUCCUCCUGACGUACCUGCUGUUCCUAAUCAACACCGUGGUGGGGCUGGUUGUUGCCAUAUGGAGAAUAGUAAUAACAGCUUUGUACAACAUCAUCCAUCUUGGUCGUAUUGAUGUCAGUCUGCUGCAUCGCACAGCAGAGUCCUAUGACCCAGCCUACUGCUACUACACACACUUCCUGAAGGUGGAGGUCAGUCAGUCGCACCCGGUGAUGAAGGCUUUCUGUGGGCUGCUGCUGGACAUGAUGGUUGGGGGUGGGAGAGCUGGACAGAAAAUACAAGAUGCAGAGGAAGGAAUUCAGGAGAAUAAGCCAAACAAGGCGAACAGCAGUCAAAGGAUUCGCUCUCGCUGGCAGCUGAUGUACACAUUGGUUAACAACCCCUCCCUGCUGGGCUCCAGGAAGCAUUUUCAGACUCUGCAGAACUCGGAGAACGUCCUGAAUGGCACCCCCAACCGAACCUCCAAAAAGGGCAGCAAGAUGGAGGCCAGCAAGCUGGGCGCAGAGCCAGCAGAGCCCACUGAGACCCCUGAAAGCCAAGAAAAAACUGAAUGAGUUUGAGUUGGCAAUAUAUUUCAAAAUUGUACUGGGUGUAAUCUGCAUUAAACAAACCUGCAA